ACCGGAAACCCAGUUCGCGGUACUGUCGGCGGGUCGCAUGCAGUUUGACAGUGGUACUCGAAGCGGCUGUCAGGCUCCAUUCUCGCUGACAGCCUCAGUAAGCAGCGUCGCAUCCUCGGCAUGGCAUCCGACGACCUAGCUAGGAAGCUGCAGUCGCGGCUGGCCGCCACGCAGGAGGCUGAGCCGAGGCCGGAGCCUGGACGGAGCCCGGUCCAACCCAAACCGCCACCACAGGAGCCUGAGGCAGCCUGCGGCGACUCGUCCUCUGAGCUGUCCGCCAAACUCACCCGCAGGCUGGACAUCAAUGAGGGCAACGCUGCCCCGCGACCGACCCGCGUCUUCAACCCCUACACUGAGUUCAAGGAGUUCUCCCGCAAGCAGAUUAAGGAAAUGGAAACGAUGUUCAAACGGUAAGGCUGCUGCUUUCUUUUGUGUCCAUGUACACAUGUAGCACAGGUCCGACAUGUUU